AUGCCUCAUGGAUCGAGGUUGAGGAUGAAUGACAUCCCAGUCAAGCAACAGCAAGGAGAUGGGGAGGAAGAGGAGGACGAUUAUAUGUCUAUGACCUUCCUGGAGCCUCAAGCUAAAAAGGAGACAUUCACCCAGAAGAAGCUCCGUAAACUGAGAGAGAUAUUCAUGUUAAAGGCAGAAGAAAGGGCACGAGUUCCGUCAAAGGCUGAACUGGCAGCCGCAGAAGCUGCACGCCGCGAUGCCGCACUUUCAACGAGUACAAUCGAUACCUCCAAUAAAGGAUUCCAGAUGAUGGCAAAAUUGGGUUACAAACCAGGCAGUGCACUCGGAAAGAAGGUUCCAACCGGGUCUGCAGGCAGUGAACUGGAUCAUCGACUUACGGAGCCACUGGGGAUUUCGGUAAAGGAGAAUCGGGGGGGAAUAGGGCUCGAUACGGAGAAGAAACGGAAACUACGUGAGGAACUAGAGGGGGAGGCAAAGCGGGUCAAGGCUGUGGAGAGCGAUUAUCUGGAACGCGUGAGAAACGAGCGAGAAGAGAAGCGGCAGGAGGGACAAUUUCACGCUGCCCAGAAGGUCAUUGAGCGACUGGACACUGAAAAUGACGAAGACAGAGCCUGCGCAACAAAUAGUCGUGUUGAGGGCGAGAGUCAUGAUGGCAAGGGCAUACCAGCCAGGGAAGGGAAAACACAGCAUACCCGGCCCAAGGCUCGGGUCAAUAUCCUUUAUCGCGGACUGGUGAAAGCACGAGAGGAGAAUCUACGUGAUCAGCAAGCCACACGUCGUCGAUAUGAGUCUCUCUCUUCGCGUGACUCGUCUCAAUUGUAUUCCAAAAAGGAUCCGAAGUUACCAUCAUUUGCCGAUGAUGAGCUGGAGGUCGACGAUAAAUUAGCUCUUGGUCGUACGGCUGAAGGCGAGGUUGUGGAAGUGGAAGCUGACGAAGAGGAGGAUGAGGAACUGGAACAGUUCAAUUCACUUGCUGUACAAGAACGGCUGUCCCGUGCUGUGAUGUACUUGCGAGAGCAGUACAAUUACUGCUUUUGGUGCAAGUACCGAUAUGAAUCUGCAGACAUGGAGGGCUGCCCGGGCCUGACGGAAGAAGACCACGAUUGA